AUGACAUCAAUUAUAGGCUUCCCAGGACCACAUUUUUGUGUGUUAAAUUCAGAGAAUAAACCUCGGUUUCAAGUGCAAGCUAGGAGUUUAGGUAGUAAGGAUUCACCAGUUUUGUCAUCAGAUUCAGUUGCUGUGAAUGGUGCUUCCGUAUUCGAGGAGAGGGAGGAAAGGAGGUCUUUGAUUGAUGAAGGGAAUGAGAGGUUGAGGCAUAAGGUUAAUGAGGAGAAGAGGGUGAAGGAUGGUGUUCUUGAAAGUUUGGAACCUUUGUGGGAUGAUGGGUAUGGGACUGUGACUGUAAAAGAUUAUUUUGAUGCAACCAAGGAGAUGAUUAAGCCUGAUGGCGGACCUCCCCGGUGGUUUUGUCCCGUUGCUUGUGGGGCGCCAUUAAAGGAUUCUCCAAUUCUUUUCUUUUUGCCUGGGCUAGAUGGUACUGGGUGGGGCCUCAUUUUGCACCAUAAAGCUCUUGGGAAGGCUUUUGAAGUUCGAUGCCUGCAUAUUCCUAUUAAUGAUCGAACACCAUUUGAAGGGCUGGUGAAAUUUGUUGAAGAAACUAUCAGGCUUGAGCAUGCUUCAUCUCCAAACAAGCCAAUUUAUUUGGUCGGAGAUUCCUUUGGAGGAUGCCUAUCACUUGCCGUUGCUGCACGUAAUCCUACCAUUGAUCUAGUACUGAUACUAGUCAAUUCAGCAUCAUCAAUUGAAAGAUCUCAGCUACAACCUCUGUUCCCUAUCUUGGAGGCUAUACCUGAUGAAUUACAUACCGCAAUUCCCUAUCUCCUCAGCUUUGUUAUGGGUGAUCCAACAAAAAUGGCGAUGGUUAAUAUUGAAAGUAGGCUCCCUCCCAGUUUAAAACUUACACAAUUGUCUCGCAACCUCAUUGCUUUGCUACCAUGCCUCUCAUCUUUGGCUGAUAUUAUACCGAGGGCGACUCUUCUUUGGAAGCUGAAGCUGCUCAAAUCAGCUGCUGCUUAUGCAAAUUCCCGUCUCCAUGCUGUUAAAGCUGAAGUACUAGUGUUGGCCAGUGGCAAAGAUAACAUGGUGCCUAGUCGAGAUGAAGCGCAAAGACUAAUGAGCUCAUUACAGAAUUGUACAGUUCGUCACUUCAACGACAAUGGACAUACCCUAUUACUAGAAGAUGGCAUUAAUUUGUUGACAGUUAUAAAAGGCACUUGCAAAUACCGUCGUUCGAGGAAGCGGGAUUAUGUCUCAGAUUUUCUCCCUCCUAGUAUGUCAGAACUCAAAUACACAUGCGAUGAAGUAUUCGGGUUAUUACGCUUAGCUACUGGUUCUGUAAUGUUCUCAACAUUGGAAGAUGGGAAGAUAGUGAAAGGUCUUGCUGGAGUACCUCAUGAAGGACCUGUCUUAAUUGUUGGUUAUCACAAUUUAAUGGGAUUGGAGCUGAAUUCUUUAAUUGAAGAAUUUUUAAGAGAAAAGAACAUAAUGGUUCGUGGAGCAGCACAUCCAGAGUUGUUCUGGGGGAAGUCCUCAAGCUUGGCUACCUUUGACUGGCACAAAGUAUUUGGUGCAGUUCCUGUCACAGCAAAAAAUCUAUUCAAAUUGCUUUCGUCAAAAUCACAUGUUCUGCUCUAUCCUGGUGGUGCACGUGAGGCUCUCCAUUUCAAGGGUGAAGAAUACAAGCUAUUCUGGCCUAAUAAACCAGAAUUUGUGAGAAUGGCUGCACAAUUUGGGGCCACCAUUGUACCAUUUGCAGCUGUAGGAGAAGAUGACCUACUAGAAUUGGUUUUUGACUACAAUGACCUAAAGAAGAUCCCUAUGAUCAGUGACUAUAUCAAAGAAUCUAAUCGCGAUGCUAUAAGAUUAAGGGAUGAGACGAGCGGGGAGGUGGGAAAUACAGAUCUCUUUUUACCGGGGGUUUUACCCAAGUUACCAGGGCGCUAUUACUAUUUAUUUGGGAAGCCAAUAGUAACCAAGGGAAAAAAAGAGUUCCUGAAAGAUAAAGAAAAUGCAAACAAAUUGUAUUUGGAGAUACAAUCUGACAUUGAAAACAGUUUAGCAUACUUGCUUAAGAAGCGGGAGGAGGAUCCUUAUAGGAGUGUUACAGACAGAACAGCUUAUCGGGCGAUGUAUUCCCCUAUACAUGAAGUUCCAACAUUUGAGCCUUGA